AUGCUUGACAAAGGAUCACACUCAACGCCCAAAAUAUCGCUCACUAAUGAGUACAGUAUUUUUGUUCGAUAUGACAGAGAACCUCAUGACGUAUUAGAGUGGCUUAAAGCACUUCCUUUACCACAUUUACAUCAUUCAGAAGACGCAAGCGCAAAUAGCAUUUGGGAUCGCAAAACUCCUACAGGCGUCACGUCUAUGAAUAAUAUGGCUAGUACUGCUGAAUCCCCUGAUUCAGUGACCACCAUUAACCCAGAUAUUUCAAAAGGCCUGAGUAAUAUUUCUCUGGAUGAUAUUUCCGACUUAAAGAAGGUAUCUUGGGAAGAAAUAAAUAGUCGAGCUGAAAUAGAUGUUACAUUAGUCGCAGCACCUAUGAUAAACACUAAUUCUGACACUCAGUCACAAUUUAUUAUUAAUGAACCGUUGACAAAUUCUGAUCAGUUCGGAAAUGAAAAUACCUGCAUUUCAAAUGUCUCGUCUAGAAUAAGUGAAAAGUCCUCCGUCCACCAAAAUCCUAGCCUUUCUAAUACCCAAAACACAGUGGCUGAUCACGGUUCUGGAAAUUUUAUUCAUUUUCUGGAAGGUAAAUCUAAUAAGUUUUUCUCUCAGACUUCAUCUGGUUAUGGGUCUGCUGGAUCUGAUAGUUCACCAGGGUCUCUUGGGAGUGAUAGUCGACCACCAAGCUCUACUCAAGUUCUUGAUCUAGGAUUGUCCCACCGAACUGUUAAUGGGAUUCCUCCUUUACCGGCAAUUCAGCGUUCGAAACCUACUUGUGUUUUACGAAUCAACAAAUCAGAUAAAUACUCGAUGAAUGCUUCAGAAAAUAAUAUGGGUCGUUCUAAGAUGUCAGUCCACCCAAUGAUGUCAGACCUAUCUAAUCAUCCUAUUUGUCAGAGAGCUUCUCCACAGACAGUGUUGGGGUCCGAUCAGUGGAGUACUUCAUCUUUAUCCUCCAGAACAACUCACAUAAAUACAUCUCAUCCCAUUCAGGAAACGUCUGUACAUAACCCGCUGCCAUCUCUCAUAGAGAAGUUUGAACCUAUUUUGGUCAGGGGAGAUUCAAUAAAAGAUAUUAGCAAAGAUGAUAAGCAUAACACUUCGAAACAAAUCGUUUCUUCGGUUACGGAUAUGGAAAAAAGAACUGAAUUUCCUGGCUCUUCUGAAAUUGAACUGGUUUGUAGUCGUAUCACAUAUCAAGAUACUAACAAGCGAAAAGCAGUCGGUCAAACACGUUCUUCUUCUGUAGGUGCUCAGUUGCAGCGUUCGCCUGCUCAGAGAUGGUCUAUUAAACCAGCGCAUAUUAGCAGAAAUCCUCAAAUUGAUCUUAAUUCCUCCGUGGGUGUACUCAAUGGUAAUAACACUCGUACACGUUCUCCAAUAGUUUUGAAUACUACCUCACCCUUACAACAGAAUUGUAACUAUGAGACCAUCAUGAGAAAGAGCACAUCACCACAACAAUAUCACCACCAUUAUUUUUACUAUUAUUAUGAUAAUCAGCGUGAUCUUAACAGCCAAAAAGAAUUAUCCAGUACAUCCUGGAUGUCUAAAGACAAUAAAGGUACAUUUGGCAGAAAAGUGGCCGGCUCAAAUGCUAACUCAAUUGGUAGUAAUUGCAAAUCCGCCUGCGAUGUGUUACCAUUCCCUUCAGGAAGAAUGUGUCAGCGAUUAUUUACUCAUCCGAUUCCAAGACAAAAUAGUUUACAUUGUUCACCCACUUCUAGUGAUUUUAAAUAUUCUAAGGCUGGAAUAAACUUACUUUGUCCUAGUGCAAUGAUGUCAUCACGUCUUCCUUUAACCUCACAGUCUACCUAUCAAAUUACAUCGAAAGAGUCGGAUUCACGGUUUCCUGACCAAAACACUUCACACCCGUCUGUAUUUAAUAAUAUAACAGCAAAAGAUAAUCAUUCGCAAAAGUACAAAGGAAAAAGUCAUUCGAAGUUCAAUUACAGAUCAAUGUCACAACCCCCUAAAUCUCGAGAGUGGUUAUCUUUUGAAACAGAAUUAUAA